GAAGCGGAAGUGACCCGUCGCCACGCCCUCCCCCAUCCUCUCUUUCCGGUGGCGGAGUCCAGAGACGACGCGCAGAAAUGGCACCUCGCAAGGGGAAAGAAAAGAAGGAAGAACAGGUUAUCAGCCUUGGACCACAGGUGGCUGAAGGAGAGAAUGUAUUUGGUGUCUGCCAUAUCUUUGCAUCCUUCAAUGACACCUUCGUCCAUGUUACUGAUCUUUCUGGCAAGGAAACCAUCUGCCGUGUGACUGGUGGGAUGAAAGUAAAGGCUGACCGAGAUGAAUCCUCGCCAUACGCUGCCAUGUUGGCUGCCCAGGAUGUGGCCCAGAGGUGCAAGGAGCUGGGCAUCACUGCCCUACACAUCAAACUCCGGGCUACAGGAGGAAAUAGGACCAAGACCCCUGGACCUGGGGCCCAGUCAGCCCUCAGAGCCCUUGCCCGCUCAGGAAUGAAGAUUGGGCGAAUUGAGGAUGUCACCCCCAUCCCCUCUGACAGCACCCGAAGGAAGGGAGGUCGCCGUGGUCGCCGUCUGUGAACAAGAUUACUGUUUUCUGUUAAUAAAUUGCCUUUGUGUAAACUA